ACGUUCGAUAGACUGGAUUAUACGUUAAACUAAUUAUAAGCACGUCGGGGGCCAGUCAAAUAGUUGGCGUACGUUAGCGUCGAUUGGUGUCGCUGAACACGCAAAUUAAUACUCUAAAUUGCUACACCUGACAAAACGUUUGCGAGCUUUUUCUUUGAUAACAUAUUAAAAUAACUCUUAACAGUUGCCACUCAAGAGCUGCCUUUAUUUCAGGCACAAAGUGAAACAGCUUGUGUUAAAAGGUUAUUGGGAUCAAGGACGGCUAAAAGGUGAAAUAGACUUAUUUAAAAAAAAAAAGCAAACAAAAAAAAGCGCUCCAUGGCCAGUCCAGUGAGAGAAAAUCCAAAAACGUCAUUUACAAAAGUGAGUAAAAAACGUAAACGUGUUGAGCUGUCAUUGUCCGAGAAGGUGAAUGUUAUAGAUCAGCUUAACAAGAAAGUUCCACAGACCAAAGUUGCUCAACAAUUUGGAGUUUCACAGGCACAGAUUUCACGAGUAGCAACCAAUAAAUCUAAAAUCUUGUCCCUUUGGGAACGGAGUGAAAACCCAAACCGAAAAAGACAACGGUUUGGAAAAAAUACAGAUGUCGAAUCAGCUAUGAAAAGCUGGCUUGUGGAAGCCCGCAAUAACAACAUUCCACUUACAGGGAUAGUUCUGAAGGAAAAGGCGAAGACAUUAGCGCAAACACUAAACAAACCCGACUUCAUACCUACAAGUGGAUGGAUUAGUCGAUGGAAAGAAAAAUGUUCUUUGUCAACGAAAAAGCCGAAAAAAGUCGAAGAUUUGCAUGCUGCUGAAAAAUGGGUCAAUGAAGAUAUCCCCAAACUGCUGAAGCAAUACAGCCCAAAUGAUGUAUAUACUGCAAAAGAAACCGGUCUGUAUUUCCGUGCCACACCAGAGGGAAUUUACGUUAUAAAAAGUGAACAGAAAAAUGAUAAAAGUACAGAAGAGGACAAGAUGACUGCACUUGUUGCCUGCAAUAUGUCGGGAACCGACAAAAGACGUCUACUGCUUAUUGGUGAAAACAAAAUCCCCAGCUGUGUUACUGGUAUUCCUGUCGAUUACAUGCUCAGUAAGCGUGCCUGGAUUACUAGCGACAUAUUUAGACAGUGGUGCUUUAAUUUGGACAGAGAUAUGAAAUCCCAGAAAAGAAAGAUUGUGCUAAUUGUCAACCAUUGUUCUGAACACCCAGUGGACCUUGUUUCAAAGCUUGAUCACGUCAAACUUCUUUUCUUCCCGCUAAACACAAAACAACCUUGUGAGCAAGGAAUCUUGACCAGUCUGAAAUAUCUGUACAAGAAACAGAUUGUGCAUCGCAUCGUGGCUGAACUUAACAUCGGAAACAACAUAGAGACAAAUUCCUGCGUACGAGAAAUAAGUCUACUGGAUGCAAUCCACAUGCUUCAAAAAUCGUGGAUUGAAGUUACAAAGGAAACUGUUAUCAGCUGUUUCAGAAAAGCAGGGUUUCAAUUGGGAAGUGCAGAUGAAGAUGUACCAGAAACUGAUGAACAUUAUACGGCACCUGACGGAAUAAGCCAAUUGGAGUUUGACAAAUUUGUCAAAGUGGACGAGAACAUACCGUGUUUUGGCAUACGGCCCGAUGAUGAAAUCUGUGCCAGUAUUCUGAAUGCUGAAACAUUGGGUCAGUCAGACGAAAACAACGACAAGGAAACAAACGAGUUAACCAGGACAACAGGGUCUGACGCGUUGAAAUCGCUGGUGACUGUCAGACGAUAUCUGGAGUGUCGUGGCGUAGUGAACUUCGAAGCCUUCUAUUCAUUGGAAACUACAGUUCAGUCAGUGAUUCGAGGUGCAGCGAAGAAAAGAACCAAAGAGUGACUAUAUAGUAUAAUAGUCUUCAGAAACUUCUUCGAACAUUCAUAAGUGAGCGUUCGACAAAUCCACUAGCCCUUGGUCCCGGCUAGUAAAUAUUUGGUCUGGGCUAGUGGAAAUUAUUAACUGUAUUACUAUAAUACAUAGGGCACUAGCCAAGGUUUAUUUGAGGGCUAAUGAUACAUAGGGCACUAGCCAAGGUUUCUGUGAGGGCUAAUGAUACAUAGGGCACUAGCCAAGGUUUCUGUGAGGGCUAAUGACACAUAGGGCACUAGCCAAGGUUUCUGUGAGGGCUAAUGACACAUAGGGCACUAGCCAAGGUUUCUGUGAGGGCUAAUGACUUUCUCAAACAUUUGUCGAAUACUGCAUCUGGGGCGAGACGGACCCCAUUGGUAAAGUGCUUGCUUAAUUGAGGCGCUGUCGGUUUGGAAUUGAUCCCUGUCAAUUGGGCUAUUUCUUGCUCCAGCUCGUGCAUCAAAGGCUGUGGUACAUGUAUGUGCUGUCCUG